GGGGGGGAUUACAGCGUAGGUUGCAGUUCUUGUAGCUUUAACGUCGGUUUAGUGUCGACACGGCUAUGGAGACAAAGACGAAUCUAUAAACUCGAUUUACGACGAUAUAUUUAAGAUAUUGAUUUAGUCUAAGUUAAUGUGUAUGAUUAAAUAAAUUUUCAGCGGAUUCUUACUCCAAGGUGAUUAAGAUUACGGUUCAGAAGGUUUCGUGAAGUAGCUAGCUCUUUUGGCUAGCUGAACUAGCUUCUUGCUAGCGCUGUUUAACGAGAGAGCUUCUCCGAUAACCUUGGGAGUGUGAGUAGUGUGAAGAUGGUGAGACCUCACUCGGGUUCUCCUCGUUCCAGACAGAGGUCUUUCUCUGAUAGCAGUCACAGUGAGCACCAUGGAGGGCGACUGGGCCCAGCGUCUAGGGGGUUUCGAGGCCCCCCAGGUAAGGCCCCUCCCAGCUGGAGAGAGGGCAACAGCGCAGGGCAUUCACCUUACCCCAGGGACAAGAGACCUAUGAUGGGAGAACUGAGAGAGAGACCGCACGGACACUGGAUGCCUCAGAACCACGAUAAUUUUAGACCGUACCCCAUGUCUCAGGAAUCUCAGCGUGGCCGCAGGAGGUCCUCCCCAUCCCGUGUGAAUCACCCUCCGCCUGUGCAACACCGCCACUCCCCUCAUGGACCACCUGGCCCCCAUAGGCCCUUCCACGGGAACCAUUCUGGCCACGUUUCUCCUUCUUCCCGAUAUUACCACAGCCCUCCGUCGGAUCGCAGGGGUCCGUCACCACAUAACACCUUCAGAGCCCCGCAACGAUACCAAAACUCUCCUCACGAGCAUGAGAGGAGUUUGGGUCCUGGAAGGCAACCAAGCCCCAGGGAGAGGCCCUUUGGGCGUCUGGCCCACAGAGGGCAUCGCUGGAAUGGCCCAGGGGGUUACCCUCACCCCAACGGGGAGCCCAGGCCCUCUGUCUCACCCCUGAGAAAACCCAGAGAGUUCCAUGAGAGGAACUCGUAUCCAGAGAGGUGGUCUACAGAGAGAGAUCCACGGAAGCUGCACGGAGAUGCCGGCAAGGGGCGAGGGAGGGGAAGGCCCGGGCACCACGCCCCCGAGUGGCCGCGUAGGGAAGGGGGUAACCCGUACCCUCGCCCCCCUUACAGAUCUCCAUCAUGGAAAUCUGGUCCACUGUCUUCCAACUCGUCUUCCAGAUUCCCUGCACCUCCACGCCCACAGGAGAGGCCUCCCAUGCGUCCUAUGAAGAGGAGGAUUCAGGAAAUGGGACGCCUGCCGCCUCCCGAGCUCGAGCACGGACCGCCCAAACGCUUACGUAGAGAGAUGCCCGUACGACCGAUGCCUCUGAAAGGUUUCGGAGGUCGCUGCCUGUCCCUCAAGGACAAGUCUCGGCUGUUAAAGGGGCGCAAGUUCCGAGCAGAAUCCGUCACACGGUUCAGAAUGCCCCCACCGAGGCCCAGGCCAUCAGACAAGAUGGAGAGGAGCAAGCUGGUGGAAGCAGAGCAUGUGGGCGAAUCCUCCAGACUCCCUCCCCGCAAGAUUCCUCUAAAGAAAAGUGUGAAGAGGCAACCGUCUCGAGAGUCACCCACAGACAUCGAUUCCAAAUCUGCAGAUCCCGAAAUGGACUCCGAGACUCAGGUGGAAUCCCGACGCUCUGUACGAGCACGCAGCUCUUCACCCAUAGACAGACAGCUGACCCAUGACCUGGUCGUGGUUUCUCACUGGGAAGCUGGAACGAGAAGCUCGAGUCCUAAGAGCAGCACGUCCUGGAAGAGCAGAAUGUCCCAUAAUAAUAAAACUGGUGAGAAUCCAGAUCACCGCUUUGGAAGUUCAGCACGUGACCAGAAGCAGCGACGGCUGAUGGAUGGUCCGGGAAAAACACUUCGUAAACCUGGACCUUUUCAGAAACCUGGGUUCCGUCCUGCCCCUGUUCUUCAGAAGGGCUCUGAUGGUGUCAUCAGGAGACCACUGAUGGCCCCCACACUGAUGCGUCCCGCACUCCAUCAGAAACCCGUGUUCAGGAAAAGUCAGAGCAUCAUGAACAAGUACAGGAACAUGCAGACACUCCGCCACAAAGCCCCGCCGCACCCUCGCCAAGCCACAAGCUACCGCCGCUGGUGAAGUCUAGACUGAAUGCCUGGGUGUUGAGUGUAACGCUGCAGAUAACUGGAUAGAUCUCCAGAGUGUCUGUUCUUUCCCAGAAUUCCUGACUGUCCCCUGGUUAUUAUUCUGUGUGUAUCCCUUCACAGCUGCCAAAGUUUACUUUAAUACAUGAUUCAUGCUUUAGUUUUCAGUCUGGUGACUUCAUUCUUACACACCCACAUGGAGUGAGUGAUGAUGAUGAUGAUGAUGUACAGAAGAUCUUGAGGUGUUUUGUCGGAGCUGUGUGAUUAACGUGUCCGGCGCUGGUGGUGCUGCUGAUCUGAGUUUGAGUGCUGAUGUUUAAUGAGUUCCUUUAGUUCACUGCAUUCUUUUGUUCUUUAAAGCUCUUUGUACAGCUCUUUAAUUGUGUACAUUGUUUGUUUAUAGAAAUUUCAAUAAAACAACUGGAACUUU